GCCAAGCAGGUGUUGCGCGCUCGAUCUUCUCCUAGUCAUUGUUCGGUCGGGUGUGUUAAUUAAACCAAGGCGAUCCCUCUCUGCUGCUGCUGCUGCUGUUGUGCUCUGCCAACAACACCGCGGAAGAGACGAAGUGUAUCCGCUCACGAGGGACCGAUGAGGACCCAUCGCAUCCGAGUUUCUAUCGCGAUCUCAUGUUUCUGCUUGUUGUGGGUCGGCGGAUUCACCUCCCUUCCUCCCCGCGAGCUGUUGGGAAUCGCCCCUCAAGAUGAGGGUUACUAUAAGUCCGAUGUGAUCAAAUGCAAGGAUGGAUCCAAGAAGUUCACCAAGCAACAGCUCAAUGAUGAAUUCUGCGACUGCCCCGAUGGAACGGACGAACCGGGGACAUCAGCCUGCCCAGAAGGGGAAUUCUAUUGCCGGAACGCCGGGCACAUUCCGCGGACCAUCUUCUCUUCUCGUGUGAAUGAUGGCGUUUGCGAUUGCUGUGAUGGGAGUGAUGAAUAUAAUGGCAAAUCAAACUGCCCAAAUACAUGUUGGGAGGCUGGGAAAUCAGCACGUGAAAAAUUGAAGAAGAAGAUAGCAACACAUCAGGAUGGGUUAGCCAUCCGGAAACAAGAACUUGAAAAGGCAAAACAGGCAUUUGCCGAGGAUGAAGCAGAGCUUUUGAAGCUGAAAAAUGAAGAGAAGAUACUUAAAGGACUUGUUGAGAAACUUAGAGAGCACAAAGAAAGGAUAGAGAAAGCAGAAGAGGAAGAACGUUUGAGAAAGGAAAAGGAAGAAAAGAAACAGAGAGAAGCUGAAAGAAAAUCAACCGAGCAGAACAGACCAUCAGAGGAAUCAGCACAAUAUCAAUCCGAGGGCACUCAGGACACACCGAUGGAAAUGAACAGUCAGGACUCAGUGGAAAUUGGUCAUGAACCUGUGGUUCCACCAGAAAAUGAAUACAAUUCUAGGAUUGAAAUUCCUGCUGUUCACAAUGUGGGUCAGAAGCAGGUUGCGGACAAUAUUGGUGAAUCCAUCACAUCUGGUCAUGGUUCUGAUGAUGUAAAUAAUGAGAUACCUUCAGGCCAUGCUGCAGAUCAGGAGCACAUCUCUGGGAACACUGAGGGUUUGUCAAGAGAAGAAUUGGGUCGACUUGUAGCUUCUCGAUGGACAGGGGAACAUGCUGAAGAAAGGACAAAUGAACCUAAUGAUGCAAAUGGGGAACAAGAGGAGCAAAAUCAGGAUUUUUCAGACAGUGCAGAAGAAGAAAAUUAUGACAGUUAUAAUUCUGACAAUGAUGAAGAUAGACAUAAGUUUGAUGAUGAUGAUAUCCAAGACGUUGCAGCUGAGGAAUAUGGAAAUCAUGUUGAACCUGAUGGCUCCUAUGACCACGACAAAGAUUACAAAUCUGAGUUUCCAGGUAGUCCAUCAUGGCUGGACAAGAUAAAACAGACUGUUCAAAAUAUCAUUCAGGCGUUUAGCUUUUUCAAGAGUCCUGUGGAUUUAUCUGUGGCUUCUCGUGUAAAAAAGGAAUACGAUGAUGCAAGCUCAAAAUUGUCGAAAAUACAAUCAAGAAUUUCUGGUCUGUCUGAAAAGCUCAAACAUGAUUUUGGAAAGGAGAAAGAUUUUUAUUCAUUUUAUGAUCGUUGCUUCGAGAACAAGCAGAACAAGUACAUUUAUAAGGUCUGCCCAUUUAAAAAAGCUUCCCAAGUUGAAGGUCAUAGCUCUACACAGUUGGGGCGCUGGGAAAAUUUUGAUGAAUCUUACAGAGUCAUGCAAUUUUCAAAUGGAGACAGAUGCUGGAAUGGCCCAGAUAGAAGUUUAAAGGUUAGGCUCAGGUGUGGUUUGAAAGAUGACCUUGCUGAUGUAGAUGAACCAAGCCGAUGCGAGUAUGUUGCAAUUCUGUCAACUCCUAUCAUAUGCCUAGAAGAGAAAUUGAAGGAACUGCAACAAAAGCUCGAGGAUAUGAACAAAAGACAACCCUCAACUCACGAUGAGCUAUAGCCUCUUCAAAUUUCAGAAGAACACACAUUGGAAGAUUACACCAUUCACACAAUUUAGGUAUGGAGGCUCUUAAACCAACUUCUGAAAAUAUAGAGAAGUUUUUCCAAUGCUCUAUCUGAAGUGUAAAUCUCAUGAAUCAACCUCCCCACUUUUCUCAAGUUUUCAGGCUCACUUCCUGAUGCUGUUGUAAUUCUGAUUUAGAAGCACACCCAAUCAUGAGGGAACUUUUUAAAACUUAGGAGUUAUCGACAGUCUUGUACUGUUGAUUGGUCAGACAUUAAUCUCUCUAUUGCAUGGUGUAUUUUUGGUA